UGUCCUAUCGCUACCCCGACUUCCAGGAAACGCUGCAUGCUAUAUUGUGGGUAUCGAUCACAGAGCUUGAAAACCAUGGUAACGGAGUUAGGCGCGAUCACGUGCUCUGUGAUGUUGAAGAAGGUAUGAGUUGUUAAUGGCGCCAGGUUGAUCGUACAGGCAGGACUAUGACCGGGUGGUAUCGCAGCAGUGUUGUCGUCCUCGCUGCGUGGCAGAUCUGCUUUACGAGUGGAAACAAGGCCUGUACAUACCACACUUACAACUACGGCCACUCAAGAGUCGUCGCCUACAAUUGUCAUGACUGGGAAUACUGUUGCUCCGGAGUUUGCUGUGACUAUCCCGUCUUGAUUCACAAAUUGUGGUACUUCUGGGUUGGGAUACUGGCUCUUGCCUUCUUCCUGCUGCUGGCGUCAAUCACAUGGUAUAAGAAACGUUACUACGGUCGGGUGUUGAGAGUCCACCCUGCUGCUAUAGGACCGGGCGCUGUCCAUAUGCAUACAGUGACAACUCAGCAAUACAUCCAUACACCAACCUACCCUGGAUCAUAUGUUUCUGUACCCCCCGGGCCGUAUGUCUCCGCACCCCCGGGACCUCCACCACCAUACUCCUCCCUCCCAGGGCAGACACAGGGCAAGCAACCACCCCCAGCAGGACCUAUGCAGCCAGCAUAUCUACCCGCAGGGAUGACCCCGGACAACGACAGCAGUAAUCUAUUCUAGUGGGCAGCUUAUUGCCUAUCGGGAGGAAUUUCCAUCAAAUAUUAAUCGCAAGUAUCGUGAUGCUCUACAACGACAACCAUUUGCUGUUGGCGAUUUCUGUCGCCCAGAAAGGGGGUUCUAGUGAUGAUUGGAUAUAGACAGUAGCAAUUACAAACGGCUGCACAUAACAUACUUCUAAUUUUCAUGUGCUUGAGAAUGUAGCAAAUACGGGUUAUGUUAAUAAUGAUAAUAAUAAUUGUGUCUCGAUGUAUAUCAAAAUGUGUUCGUUUCUAAUACUCAUUUCAACACAUUUGCAUCCUACGAUUAUAUCAACCAAUCAAAACCUCGGGAUGAAGUGCUGUAUAGCAACGUAAGCAAGCGAAAUUACGAAGUUUCUUUUGCUAUUGUUGUCAACGGCAUAAGUAACAUUGACAGAAUCAUGGAUAACUUGUUUGAGUGGCAUUUUAGAAAUUGGGGCGUAAAAGUCUGUUCAAUAUAGAAUCAUGGAAGACACAGAACAGUCGACAGAAGAUGCCCUUGAACUCGACGAUAAUCUCGGAGACGGUUAAUAUUCUGCGGUUUGCAAGUAUUUUGCAAGAUGCGAAUACUACAGGAUGUCAACAACUUGAUUUUAAAUUUCUGAUCCAUAACAAUGUCCACCGCCGUGAUAUUGCUGGAAUAUUGAUAAAACUAACUCACUCACUGUGGUCUAUAAAGGUUUCAGCUAAACCGUAUGUAACGUUGGUUUUGAUAGUCACGUUGUGGAUUACACUGACAGUUUGAAUAAGCAUUUAUUAUUGGUAAAUUAGACAUUACUCCGCCCUCUGCAUCGCUCACCAUGUUGUAUAUAACCUGUUUUCCUCCGUUAUACGAUAUAUCAUGUAUAUCGCAUGUUGUGAUCCAUACGAUGUUGUAACAUACUUAAUAGUGCCUCUUGAAACCCUUUUCAGGUUUACAUUAUUUGUUACAAUUGUGCGUAAAUAAAUGAAAUCAAUUCUGA